CGCUAAACUCUUAUCCAUAUAUUCCUCUACCUGAUAUUGCACCCCCCAUCUUUUAAUAGGACCCUAAAUAAAGCAUCCACCCCGUUAACACUCAACACAAUCCCCACACGCACACACCAUAAAAACAAGCCAAAACCACAUCUCCCACAUUUGCAAAAACUCAGACUGAGAACCACCAAUUUCACCUCCGUAGCUCCUCUCUCAGGCUGCUUCACCACUACCGCACCAUCACCAUCCACGGCGUCCUAGCCGAACAUUUUCCUUUGCUCGCGUUUAUGAGACAUCGAAACUGUCAGGUGAUUUUUGCCCUCAAAACUGUCAGGUGAUUUUAUCUUUUUGGUAAUUCCUGUUAAUUCAGAGACAUCGAGGUUCGUCAGAUCUUUAGAACCGGAGAAUCGAUUCUUUGACUAGCUAAACGACGACGUACUGAAGGAAACAGACACGCACAUUUCCUUCAAUGUCGACUGGGCCGCAAAUUAUUCUACGACCGUCCUACACGAACAGGCGGUCCCCGCUGCUGCCCAGCCACUCGUCGUCGUCGUCGUCGUCCUGCAGCAGCAGCGCGCGAAUUGCUGAGGUAGCGGGAGGAACGACGGCGGAGUGUGCCGCGAUUUGUUGUUGCUGUACUUGUGGUCUUGUGAAUCUGCUUUUGUUGCCUAUUUACAAGGUUCCAGCGGGGCUGUGCCGACGAGCGUUUAGGAGGAAGCGUCUGCAGCGGAUGAUGAAGAAGAAAGACCUGCUUCCGUCGCGGCACAGCCAAUGCGGCUGCGAUGACACGGAGUUGCAAAUUCACCCGUUCUGUGAAGAAGAGGAGCGGUUUCACAAAACGACGUCGAAAGAGGAGGAGAAGGCGGUGGAGGAACUGGAGAAAGAAAUGUGGGCCAGGUUUUACGGUGCUGGAUUCUGGAGAAGUCCAUCACAAAGAGUGUGAGGUGUUGCUGAGUCACAAGCAAAGGAGAGAUGAUUUUUUGGGGCCUUCUAUAUCAGUGUCACUAUCCAAACUGCCCAGGUUGUUUCUCCUCUGAACUCUGUACAUAAGAUUAUUGGGCCGUGUAAAAUGUCAUUUUCGCUCCCCAUUGGGCUUGGGGGACCAUUCUACCUCUUUUGUUGGUCGCAGAUUUAUUUAUUUUUUCUAUUUUAUCUAAAGUUAUUAUCGUGUAUUCGUGUCCAAUAAUAAAGUCAGUAACUUAGGCUUCAA